GCAAAUCUGCUUCCUGUUUACAUUUUGCAGAACACUUUCACUGCGAGCAGAAACAGCAGAGACAUCGCCAAAAACUCCUGGAAACAGGCUCCGAGUUUCACUAGUUGACACCCGACGCUGUCCGUGCGCCUGCAGCCGAUCCUGUCUGUUAGACAGGCCGUUUCAAUGCAUUUCAGAGAAGCUUUACCGCCGCGCAGAUGGACGCUGUUGAUCUGUUUUCAAGCUGCAGAAAGGGCGACAUUGCCAGAGUGAGAUACCUGGUUGAACAAAGGGAUGUAGAACUGAACAUCAGAGAUAAGUGGGACAGCACACCUCUGUAUUAUGCAUGUCUCUGUGGACAUGAAGAGCUGGUGCAGUACCUGCUCGCCAACGGAGCAAAGUGUGAGGCGAACACGUUUGACGGUGAGCGCUGUCUGUACGGAGCUCUGAGUGACGCAAUCCGCCGUCUGCUCAAAGAGUACAAGCGCAUCACAGCCAAGGCCAUGCAGAGAGACUAUUACGACCAGUUCCUGCAGACGCUUCUGGAGCAGGGAAACUACAGCGAUGUGACAUUUGUGGUUCACGGGGAGAUGUUUAAGGCCCAUCGGUGUAUCCUGAGUGCCCGGUCUGAAUACUUCGCCCACAUGCUGGAGACCAAGUGGAAAGGCAAGAGUGCCAUUGCACUCAAACAUCCAUUGGUCAAUCCUGCUGCAUUUGGUGCGAUUAUGCAGUAUUUCUACACCGGUCGUUUGGAUAUAGAUGUGAAUUAUGUGGAGGACUGCAAGCGUUUGGCCAAACAGUGCAAGAUCGGCGAGCUCAUUGAGGAGCUGGAAGUGAAGUGCAAACAGGUUUAUGAGUUUGUGUCCAAUAAGCCAGGGACGUGUGUGAAGGUGUUGACUCUGGAUCCGCAUGACUUCCAGCUGCAGGACGGCAUGGCUCUGCUGGCUGACAGUGCACUUCCUGCCGAGCUACGGGUCGGAUACGGUCAGCUUCCAUUUGAUCUUACUGACAGUUUCCCAAGUUAUCCUGACAUCUGCUUCCGGGUGGAGGGUUAUGACUUCCUGUGUCAUAAGGCGUUUUUCUGUGGCCGCAGUGAUUAUUUUAAGGCUCUGUUGGAGGAUCAUUUCAGCGAGGGUGAAACUCUACAGACUCAUCCCAGUAUUCCUGUCAUCACGCUUCAUGAUGUGUCCCAUGAUUUGUUUACAAGAAUCCUUUACUACAUUUAUAGUGACAACACUCAGCUGUCUCAUGAGAACGUGUAUGAGGUGUUGUGUGUGGCCGAUAUGUACCUGCUGCCGGGUCUAAAGCGUCUUUGCGGCCGAACACUAGCAGCGCUGCUCAAUGAGGAGAACGUGCUGCACAUGUGGAGAACAGCCAAACUCUUCCGCCUGUCCCGUCUGGAGGACCAGUGCACUGAACACAUGGCCAAGAUCAUCGAGAGGCUUGUUGAAAGACCAGAGUUUGCCGACAUGAUCAGAGAGGAUGCUGGGAAUGUGGCCGCCAGACAGGAGACGGACUCCAUUCCUCUGGUGGACGAGAUCCGCUUCCACAUCGCCAGUAAUGUUCAGACGUACAGCGCCAUCGAGGAGGCCAACCAGAAACUGAGCGCCCUGGAGCUCCUGCUUGCCAGCAUCGGCCUGGAGUGCUGAAAAACACGUUAAACACUGCACACAUGACCUGCAGAAACACAGCUGAGCACACAUCACUUGUAGCAAACUACUAUAAUCGAGUCUAACCAAAACCAGAUACUUAAACAUAUGGCAAGCCAAGUUAGCCUAAAACGAUCCCAGCGUUACUUGACAUAAUUGCAUGUUUACUAGUAAGAAUUACAGCUGUACGUUGAGUUUUUACAAGUAAUUAGAGAGCUCUCGAAUUCAAUUAUUUAUAGUAUUAUUCGUAAUAGUUCUAAUUCCAGUUAGAGAGCUCUUUUAAUGAAUGUUUACUAGUCAUGCGUCUCCAUUACUUUCCGUUCAUUUUCUAAAGGGAUAGUUCACCCCAAAUAUUAAAAUGUACUCUCUAUUUGCUCUUCGUUAAGUGGUUCUAAACCUUUAUGAGUUUCUUAAUUCUGUUGAACACAAAAGAAGGUGUUUUGAAGAAUGUUAAAAACCGGUUACAAUUAACUUCCAUAGUAGGAAAAACAAAUACUGUUGAAGUUACAGGUUUCCAACUAUCCCUUUAAUUACAGAGCUCUGAUGUUGAAUUUGCAUUAGUAAAAUACCAAUUAGAGAAAACUACAAUUAAGUUCGUAAUAGUUAUAAUUCCAGUUAGAGAGCUCUACCAUUAAAUGUUUACUAGUCAUGCGUCUCCAUUACUUUCCGUUCAUUUUUUAAAGGGAUAGUUUACCUCAAAAGUGAAAAUUUACUCUUUAAUUACUAUUCGCUUAGUGGUUUCAAACCUUUAUGAGUUUUUUUAUUCCAUUGAACACAAAAGAAGAGAUUUGAAAAAUGUUGGAAACCGGUAACCAUUGACUUCCAUAGUAGGAAAAACUAAUGCUAUUGAAGUCAGUGGUUACAGGUUUCCAACUGUUCAACAAAAGAAAGAAGCUCAAACAGGUUUCUGACAAGUAAGGAGAGAGUUUUCAAUUUUGUGUAAACUGUACCUUCAAUUAUAGAGCUUUACAAUUUAAUUUGCACUAGUAAAAAAACAAUUAGAGAAAUUAGAAAUGAAUGUUUACUAGUCAUGCGUCUCUAUUACUUUGUUCAUUUUUUAAAGAGAUAGUUCACCCCAAAAAUGAAAACGUACUAAUUUCUGUUCAAUAAGUGGUUCUGAACCUUUAUGAGUUUCUUUAUUUUAUUGAACACAAAAGAAGAGAUUUUAAAGAAUGUUAGAAACAGGUAACCAUUGACUUCCAUAGUAGGAAACACAAGUAGUAAUGUCUGGAAACCUGUAAAAGUCAAUGGUUACAGGUUUCCGACUUUUUUCAGAAUAACUCCUGUUCAGCAGAAGAAAGAAACUCAGAUAGGUUUCUGACGAGUAAAGGAAGAGUUAAUCAUGACAGAAUUUUCAGUUUUGGGUGAACUAUCCCUUUAGUUAAGAGAUCUGCAAUUGAAUUUUCACUACUAAAAAAAACAAUUAGAGAGCUCUACAAAUGAUUUUUUACUAAUCAUGCAUCUCCAUUUCCGUUUCCGUAUCUCCAAUUUCUCAAGAGAUCGUUAACGUUAAAAUUAAAAUGUACUCUUUAAUUUCUAUCCGUUAAGUGGUUCCAACCCUUUUCUUCAUUCGAUUUUGAAGAAUGAAAACCGGAAACCAUUGAUUUCCAUAGUAGGAAAAACAAAUACCAUUGAAGUCAAUGAUUACCGGUUUCCAACUUGUUCCAAAUAACUUAUUUAUCUGUUUGACAGAAGAAAGAAACUCCAACAUGUUGGUGACAAGUGAAGGACAAGUAAACGAUGACAGAAGGUUCAAUUUUGGUUGAACUGUACCUUUAAUUAUAAAACUCUGCAGUUUAAUUUGCACUAGUGAAACAAUUUAAUUACAGAGAAAUACAAAUAAAUCUAGCUAUACUUAAAAAUCUACAAUUAAAUCUAGAUAUAAUUCCAAUUAGAGAUUUUAAAAAAAUCGUUUCACUAGCGAAAACUCCAAUUAUUGAGCUCUUUAUUUCCUUUUUUUACUAGUAACAUUUACAGCGAUCUCCAAUUAAUUGAUUGCUAGUACAAAUGCAAUUACUGACUCUAUAAUUACAGUUUUACAAGUUUGAAAAAAACAAAAAAAAUGCAUUUAGUUGCAUGUCUCGCAAAAUACAAGACCUCUCUAAUUAUAUCAUUUAAUAAAAUACUGAUUAUUAAUGACAGAAUUGUAUUAUAGAGCUCCCUGAUUAAAUAAUUAAAUAAGAAGGAAAUGCCAGAGCUCUGUAAUUGAAUAAACGAGCUCUUUAAUUUCAUGUUUACUAAUUGAUUGACAUUAUUAGUAAUGAGAAUUAAAUCGUAAAGCUUUCUCGUUUCAUUCUCAAUAUUAAAAGUGCAGUUAUGACGAGUGACGCUGAGAGUUUUAGGCUAACACAGCUUGCCAUAUAAACGCACAUAGAGUCUGGUUUAUUGUAUUGCAGUGGGGCUGUUGUGAUCCAGUAAAGCUUCCCGCCUUUAGUUGUUUUCCACGAACAAACUCAAAGCUUGACAUUUCCAUGAUUUCAGCGUCGAUAUUAACGUUCAGUUCUUUCCGAUGCCUCGUUUUCCAGAUGUAGCAGAAACUUUAGGUUAUGAAGCUUCCAGUUAAAACAAUAUUACGUCAUAGCUGUUACAUCAUCAAGUAGGGUUCGUUCUGGAACGAAAGAUUUAUUUCCGCGCGUUAAUAAAUAAGUUUGAACUCAUGAUAGGACUGUUAAUCAGAUCAUUUAUUUUCCUCUGAUAUUUGUGUGAUAGAUUGCCGUUAAUUAAAGCACUCAGAUUAUUAUUUAUGCCUCUAAAUGUGCGUUUACUCAUGAAUAUAUCUUCCAGCACUUACAUUCCUGAAGCUUUGAAUCUGCAGGAAAGGCUUAUGCUAAUGUGCAUGCAAUAUUUGCAUCAGUAAACCUGAUUUAAUCGUUCUCCUCAAACGUUUUCCUGUUUUGAUUUUAUUUUUAGCCUUUUAUUUAUUGUUUUAUUCCGGUCUUAAAUCGACACGUCGAUGAGAUGUGGAUUAUUUUGCGCUUGUUUUCCAAUGCAGCACUUGGUGAAUUUGUGUAAGAUUGAGUUACUGAAUGGGCUGCUCAGGAGAAACUCCCACAGGUGAGACUGGUUUAUGAAUAUUCAUGAAUGUCCAAAGUCAUCUGUUUACGAUCUGAUUGGUUGGCGUUUAUAUGAGUUUUUGUGGGAGGCUAUGACUGAAUGGGAUGUACAUAGGCGAGCAAAAAUAAAUAUUAUUUAAUGUA